GCGUGGCUUCGGCGAGCCCGGGCGGAUAAGAGGCGGCGCUGGCCACCCGCCUCCGAAGCUGGGACUGUUCGUGCGGCCGGCCGGAGGCGGGGCGGCCCGGCACCACCUCCGACUACCUGGGAAGGCCUGGGCUGGCGGGCUAGCGAGGCCCCGGGCCCGCCGCUUCCUGUCCCCACACCCCCUGCCGAGGAGCCUCUCUCCGCGCCCCAACAUGGCGGGCGGGCACUGGGGUCCGCUGCUGACGGCGCUCCUGGCCGCCCGAGUCGCGGCGGCGGCGGAGGGCGGCCCCGAGCAGGCCGCGCUACCGGAGGAGCGGAGCUGGGUGCGGCCCAUGACCGCCUCCAACUGGACGCUGGUGAUGGAGGGCGAGUGGAUGCUGAAAUUUUACGCUCCUUGGUGUCCAUCCUGCCAGCAGACUGACUCAGAAUGGGAGACAUUUGCAAAGAAUGGUGAAAUACUUCAGAUCAGUGUGGGAAAGGUGGAUGUCAUUCAAGAACCAGGUUUGAGUGGCCGCUUCUUUGUCACUACUCUCCCAGCAUUUUUUCAUGCAAAGGAUGGGAUAUUCCGCCGUUACCGUGGCCCAGGAGUCUAUGAAGACCUGCAGAAUUAUAUCUUAGAGAAAAAAUGGCAAUCAGUGGAGCCUCUGACUGGCUGGAAAUCUCCAGCUUCUCUGACGAUGUCUGGAAUGGCUGGUCUUUUUAGCAUCUCUGGCAAGAUAUGGCAUCUUCACAACUAUUUCACAGUGACCCUUGGAAUUCCUGCUUGGUGUUCUUAUGUCUUUUUCGUCAUGGCCACCUUGAUUUUUGGCCUUUUCAUGGGUCUGGUCCUGGUGGUAAUAUCAGAAUGUUUCUAUAUACCACUUCCAAGGCAUUUAUCUGAACGUACUGAGCAGACUCGGAGGUCAGAGGAGGCCCACAAAGCUGAACAGCCGCAAGAUGCAGAGGAGGAAAAAGACGAUUCAAAUGAAGAAGAAAAUAAGGACAGCCUUGUAGAUGAGGAAGAGGAGAAGGAAGACCUUGGCGAUGAGGAUGAAGCAGAGGAGGAUGAGGAGGAGGACAGCCCGGCUGCUCGUGUGGACGAGGAGAAGAGUGACGCCCAGGACCAAGGGCCCCUGAGAGAGGUCCAGGAGCGGGGAGGAGCCGAGCCUGGAGAAGACGUGCCUGCGCAGCCCAGCCCAGCGCCCUCAGAGGCGGCAGAAGACACACUGAGGCAGCGCAGAAGUCAGCACGCCGAUAAGGGCCCACAGGUCUAAUGACAGUAUUUCCGAGAAUUCAGGCCAAAGGAGUAGUCAGCUUCCUUCUGGUCUGCAGUGUAAAUCAAAUCCUCAUUUUUUUCUGAAUGAGCAAGCUUUUCUUAAAAAACGAUCUCUAGUCAUGUAGUCUCUGGCAUGAAGCCUCAUGUAUGUUAAUGAGAGUGUUUCAGACACGACAAUCAGGAAACAGAAAAACAAACAGGGUGUUAGGAUCCGUUUGGGGACUUGGCAUGGGCACACAUUCAUUGGCUUGAGGCUAGAGUUUUGACCAGAGAAAGCACCCCGCAGGCGCCAUAAAACACAAGCCAAGCCACACGACAACAUCCGCACAGUGCAUGGGAGGUCUUGCAGAAGUCUUCUUGUGUUAAGUAUUUGUUUUUGUCAAACUGUAAGAGACAUCAGCCACUACGUACGGUACAGAGACACUUUUUUCAGAGAGAGAAAUUGAGAGGGCCCUGGUUAUUGUGGUAGAAAAGAGCUUGGACGUCAUCCCAACUCUCUAAAUCUCCUUUGUUAGGAUUUAUUUCUUACCUUUAGUAUUUCCAGCUUUCCCAGCACGGGCCUGCAGGCGCCCCACACUCUUCACAAUACUUCCUCAGUGAGAGGCCUCCGACAGCGGCCGCUUCACAUCAGCCGCCUUCGUUCUGACUGAAGGGUUUACAUAAUCCAGAACCAAAGCCCACGGAGCUGUGACUGCCAAGCAUCUUGAAUGAAAUGUUGUAACCUUUGGAGAUUCAAAAGGAAGUAGGGAUUGUACAGGAGAGGUUUUUGUUAUUGUUGUUUGCCAAAAUGUAGUCAUUUUUUUUUUUUCCCAAAAGGUUCCUUUAGCAAUAUUCUUUUUGAAGCCAGAAGUGCCCUAAGUGUUGCCAGUGCAAGGUUGUCUUGUGAAGAAAACUUGAAUACUUUGUUGUUUUGCUUCCAUCUCAAGGGGUUCUCUGGCUCUUGAACCACUUUAAUAUUAAGUGCAAAACCAUUUCUGGUUUUCUUUCAGUGAUGUGCUUUUGGUGAAAGAAUUAAUGAAAGUGAAUAUCUGGAAAUGAAAGAUUUGGUUUCCUUUCCUUCUUCCUUAAUCUUGUAAAGAAUUUUAUCCCUGUAAAUCUCUCAAUACUCAAUCUACUAAAAGUACCCAGGGGGCCCAAUUUCUUUUAAAGAAUCCAUCCAUCUACUUCUGCCUUACCUGAUUUAUGUCUUCCAAUAAAUUCAUAAAAUGAGAUUCCAAGCUUAUGAAAGAUGUCUGAAGUUGAUCCUACACCCUUUGGGUCCUGACAGAAAAACAAGUAAUACACGUUUAUGAAAUUCGAAAAGUUUCUGUCAUCUUUAUAAAGAAAUAUGCAAUAUACUCCUGUCUGGCUGUUUUGAUAACCCUUACCUUGUAUUAACUUUGAACACAGUCUCCUUAGAGGAGGGGGAGGUGCUGAGAUCCUCUACCCUUGAGUGGUUGGAUGGGCCUGUUGCAAGCCUCACACAAAGGGAGUUUUUAUUCUGACAGAAUCCAAUUUUUAGAGAUGGUUAUUUCUCAUCUUUCUAACUCAGUUACCUGACAGUCUCAUCCCCCCUGUACUGUGAGGUUCAUGAGGAGUCGCCAAUAGUCUUUCUCUUCAGAUGGCAACAGCACCUUGAGUUUGAGGCCAUCACAGAACUGACAGACUGGGAAAACCUUGACUUUGGCUCAUUUCCUGCCCCUCCUGCCAUGUACGUCUUCUAACACAUCCUCAGUGCAAGCACCAUGGUUCUGAUGAUGGCAGCUCCCUCUCCUUUAUCCUAGGAAGCUUUUCUGGAUCAUUGCUGAGCGGGGCCUGCCCUUCUGUCACUGGAUUUCUUUCUCUUAUAAUCAGCUGAAACAAAAUUUUCAAAGAUCAGUAAGUUUAAGUUCAGAGGUAUGGAAUAAGAAAGGUUCCAUAGUUUGGCUUUUCUGUAUAAUACGUCCCCCCUUUUACACUCCUCCUAUUAAAACUUUUUUUUUUUUUUAAAGUGGAGUGUUUGACCAGAAGGGAAGGAAUGAAGAAAUAAAGUCCACUUUCGCUUUUUAUAAAUGUAAGGCCAAUUUCCAAUUGGACCCCAAAUAAUACCUAAUUAUAUAACAAGAGAAAUGUAUGUUCUUUCUCAACAAUACUUAAAAAAAAUUGGAGGAAGAGGGGAAACCAGUUUGGAGAAGAAGAUUCAUUGAGAGUUGAAGCCUCUGUGGCUAUAGGAACCAUUUUUUUUUUUUUUAACAUCCUGGCAAAAGGUGGGGUUUUUACUAAAUGGCCUGAUAAGUACACAUCUAAUUUAAUUUCUUUCCACUUGAGGCCUUUAUAGGUUUUCAGUAUUUACUGAAUAUAAAACUAAGGGGUGAAAAAGUCAAUCUAAAAUAAUUUGAAAUUAGAUUAACAUUUCAGUAGGCUUUUAUGGAUUUUUUCUGGAGAUAAUCUGUUUAAUCCAGAAGUCAAAUGUGUGGAAACAUGAUUUUGAUUUAAAAAAUAAAAAAUAAUCAUGCUUCCCAUGUUGCAACAUCAGUUAUCUAAUUACAGAAUAGUAUUUUCUGUAAAUCAAAAUUAGGAAAAUUAAAAGUGACUGUAGAUUUGAGAAUGGGGGUGCAGUGCGUUAUAUGUGAGUAGUUUCUCUGAUGAGAGGGAUAAAGUCUGAAACUUCUAGCCACGUUUUUCUUUAGUUUCGUUUAUCAUUCAUCUCUUGCUAGAUCUGCUCUACCACCCCAGCUUGCUUAGAGAUCUCCUAUUGGAGCUACAGAUAGGCAAUCCCACUGCUUUCUUUCUCUUUGAAGUCUAAGCACAGAAUGGGGUGACAGGCAGGACUCGUUCACUUCACAGGUCCCCGAACCUCAUGGGUGCGUACUUAAAACCUCUUCUGGUGUGUGAGCCCUGUUAGCCACAGGCUUCUUUAACUACAAAAAGAAAUCCUGAAUAACGACCCUAAUACAAAAUAAACAAGUGUUAGCCAGGUUGGCUUUUGACAGUGGAGAAGGCCAAAUCUUGACUUUUUUUUAAUGGCCAAAAUCCUUGUUGCUAACUACGGCAUUGCUACGUGAUUUGAGGGUGUGUAAGCCUGCAGAACCGGCAUCCUGUAACACCUUUGGGGAAGGAUGAUAAAAACACCUUCUAGCUGAGCACUUAGCCUUUAUAACUUUUACAACCAAGUCUUUAAGAGUGGAGCCUGUAUGCUGCUUUCCAGGAUGGCAAACAUUAAAGAGUCCAGCAAAAAAAAAAAAAAAAAGGAUAGAAACAAUAGGGUCCACCUAAGAUUUCAGUAUAAAAUGUUCAAUUGGCAUGAAGUGAGAGAAAGAAGGGAAAGAUUGGUGCUUUUGCUAAUGUGUAUCAACUUAUCUCUGUCCAGCUCAGUAUUGAAGUGUUAUUUCUACCAGUAUUAUAAAUGUGUAACGGCCCCAUCCCAUCAAAUACAACAUUUUGAAAAGUAUUCAUGUGAAUCUUUUGUGCCAACAGAAAAGUUCCUUCUUGUUCAGUAUCUAUCUCAGUCCUACGUUUUGAUCCUCUUCAGAAGAUCAAUUUCUCUUGAAAAACCAAAUGAUGAACCUUGAUGGGGCAGCUUUUUGAGCGGCUUUUCUGAACCAGGAGAUUUAGUUAGAAGGCCUUUGGUGGUUUCAGACCAGGACAUGGCCUUCAGAUGGCUUCUCGGUCAAGUUUCAUGGGAACUGCGCCCCUGUAUAUGUGUGACUCAGAUCAUUUUCACAUGUUUCUGACGUAGUUUCAUGUAUUUGUUACUAAAUAGCUUCUUUGUGCAAAUGCAGUUUUUAUGCUAAAAAUACUGUUUAUUUGUAUUGUAAUACAUUAUAAAUUUGUUUAUA